AUGAUCGUCCUUGCCCUAGUCGCAAAGGGCUCGCACAUCCUCGCCGAGACGCACGAUCCCGCGCACGACCGAUUCCUGCCCGCUGCGCAGACGAUUCUCUCCCGUAUCCCGCCGACAUCCUCCAAGCUGUCGUAUGCUUUCGAGGACUGGCUCUUCCACUAUGUCGCGCAGGAUGGCAUGGUGUACAUGGCGGUAGCAGACACAGACACGGGGAGGAGGAUACCAUUCUCUUUCUUGGCGCACGUGCAGAAGAAGUUCCUAUCGACGUUUGAGCUGCCAGAAACGGAUGAAUCCGCCACAUCGACCGACUACUCUUCCCUCACAUCCACGCUCAGCACCCUGGUCAAGCAAUUCAACGCCGACCCCUCAGCGAUCGACCCCAUUGCGCAAGCGAAGCACGAGCUGGCGGGUGCAAAGGACAUCAUGACGCAGAACGUAGAACAGAUCCUCAGCCGCGGCGAACGCAUCGAGCUGCUCAUGGACCGCACGGACAACGCGGCGAAUCAGAGCAUGGCUUUCCGCAGAAGGGCGGUCGGACUGCGCAGGCAGAUGUGGUGGAAGAAUGCAAAGGUGAUGGCCUUGGCAGGAUUCAGUGGUGUGGUGUUCUUGGUGUUCCUGUGGGGGAUGUUUCAUUAG